AUGGCUCUGAACGGCGCUGGUGAGGACAUGGCCUGCGGGGGCCUGUGGCUGCGGGGUACAGGAGGCAGCUCGCUCCGGCAAGACCCCCCGGCCCCUUGUGCCUCUCUUCCCCCAGAAGUUGAUGAUUUCUCUUGGGAGCCUCCGACUGAGGCAGAGACGAAGGUCCUGCAGGCGCGACGCGAACGGCAGGAUCGUAUCUCCCGACUCAUGGGCGACUACCUGCUGCGCGGUUACCGCAUGCUGGGCGAAACGUGCUCGGAAUGCGGGACGAUCCUCCUCCAAGACAAACAGCGGAAAGUCUACUGCGUGGCUUGUCAGGAGCUCGACUCAGACGUGGAUAAAGAUAACCCGGCUCUGAACGCCCAGGCUGCCCUGUCCCAAGCUCGGGAGCACCAGCUGGCUUCUGCCUCAGAGCCCCCCUCGGGCUCCCGGUCCGCCCCUCAGCCCCCAGUCCCUCGUCCUGAACACUGUGAGGGAGCGGCAGCAGGGCUCAAAGCAGCCCAGGGGCCGGCCCCUCCUGCUGCAGUGCCCGCAAAUGCAGAUGCUCUGGCCUGCACCCAGACGGCCCUCCUGCAGAAGCUGGGCUGGGCCUCCGUGGAGCUGAGUUCCAGCAACUCCCUGGAGACCAGUAUCCAGCUGUGUAGUCUUAUCCGGGCGUGUACCGAGGCCUUGCAAAGCCUGUGGCGGCUGCAACACUAAGAGAACCCCCUUGGAAAACUGUGACGAAA